GUAGUAUCUAAUUUUUCGGUUCCAUUUUAUAUGAGACUUGUUUCAAUGAUUAUUUCUUUGAGCAGACGCCAAGUAGAACAAGAAUUGUUGAAGCUGUCGCUGUGUUUUGAUUUUUCCUGUUUCCCUCGAAAAUGUUGUCAGAUUCUGGUUUUUCCGAUAGUCACGAACUCCUUAACAUUGAUUAUUCCGUCAAAUCAAAUGAACCAACGUCUCCCGUCCACACUAGGAUUAUCAUGACCAGAAUAGAUGAUAUAGGUAGGAAACAAGGAUCUGAAAAAAAUUUAUUUGCUGGCAUCCCGCAGAUGAAGGAAUGCAUGGAUGAAUUUGAAUAAAUGAAU